GGGAAGAGUUCGAAGGUCGAAGGUGGCGGCGGGAGGAAGAUGGCGGCGGCGAGGGACUUGCCUUUGCAUCUUAGCGGCUGGGACGCGCUGAUGGGGGUCCUCGGCAGCCUGAGCCGGGGCUGAGGCGCCCGUUGCUGGUGACGCUUCGGAGCGUCGUGAAGGAGCCGCGAGGGCUGAGGCCUCUUCCUCCUCCUCCUCCUCCUCCAGCUGACGCUUCUGGCUCCGCGCAUCAGAGCCAUGGUGUCAUGGAAAGGGAUUUAUUUUGUACUUACACUAUUCUUGGGAAGUUUUUUCGGAAGCAUUUUCAUGCUUGGCCCCUUGCUGCCAUUGAUGUUUUUCUCCCCAUCUUGGUAUCGCUGGAUCACUGAUCGCGUUGUGGCUACUUGGCUUACACUUCCAGUGGCCUUACUGGAGAUUGUAUUUGGAGCAAAAGUGGUUAUAACAGGUGAUGGAUUCAUCCCCGGAGAAAGAAGUGUCAUUAUCAUGAACCACCGAACUCGAAUGGACUGGAUGUUCCUAUGGAACUGCCUGCUGAGAUAUAGCUACCUCAGACUUGAAAAAAUAUGUCUCAAAUCUAGCCUCAAAGGCAUUCCAGGAUUUGGCUGGGCCAUGCAGGUUGCUGCCUUCAUUUUUAUUCACAGAAGAUGGGAAGAAGACAAAAAUCAUUUUGAAAAUAUGCUGGAUUACUUCUGUGACAUUAACGAACCACUGCAGCUUCUCAUCUUUCCCGAAGGAACAGAUCUGACAGACAACACCAAAGCCCGCAGUAAUGAAUUUGCUGAAAAGAAUGGACUUCAGAAAUACGAAUAUGUCUUGCAUCCAAGAACUACAGGCUUCACUUUUAUAGUGGAACGACUAAGAGAUGGCAACAACCUUGAUGCUAUCCAUGACAUAACAGUGGCAUAUCCUCAAAACAUUCCUCAAACCGAGAAGCAUCUUCUGUAUGGAAACUUCCCAAAGGAGAUUCAUUUUCACGUCCAGAGAUAUCCAGUACAGUCUCUGCCAACCUCUCGGGAAGAACUGCAACUCUGGUGUCAGAAGCGCUGGGAAGAAAAGGAAGAAAGGCUUCGUUUGUUUUAUGAAGGCAAAAAAUACUUUGAUGCAACAGGAAGAAGCAAAAUUCCACCCUGUAAAUCUGAGUUCAGGGUCAUGGUUGUUAAGUGCAUUUCACUCUUUUACUGGACAUCUUUCACACUGGCUAUGUUUGUGCUGCUAUACUUGUACAGCUUUGUGCGGUGGUAUUUUGUGAUUCUUGUUGUCAUUUUUGUUAUGCAACAAAAAGCAUUUGGUGGGCUUGAAUUGCUGGAACUUGCAUGUCAUCGAUUUUUUAGUAAAAAAUUACGCAACUCAGAAAGAGACUAAAUUUGGUGUAUGUUGUGGGGAGGGGGGUUAGGUUUGUGGACAUUUUUCAAAUGUACCACAGGGUUUGCAAAAGUGGGAGGAGAUUUUGCAUGAGAAUCAUUGGUCUGUCUUAAUGCUGUGGUUGGUUAAUACACUGUGCACUUAUAUUGUAAAAGGAGAAAGAACAGUCAUGUGAAUUUUUAAUUUUUGAAUGUAUUUUCAGAGUUUCUCUCUUUGGCAGCUAGCAUAUACAAUGUCUCUGCAAAAUAAUUUGCCAACCAAUCACAUUUUAUAGCUCUUGAGCCUUUCGGGAGCUAUAAAUAGCUAGGCAAAUUGUUGUGUUAAAAGCAGUGGCCUGUGAUCCCUACAUGGCCUUGCCAUAAAUAAAUUGUGAAAUUUGAAAGUCCCCACUCAUUACAUGGUAUAUUGCCCUUUCUUUAGCUCUUUCCUCCUUUCCCUUUCUGUGAGAGAAUCAUCAUUAGUAUCAGCAAAUUUUCUGACCUGCAGAAUGAGAAAACAAAAGAUGUUAAUUUGGGUCUAUUUUAUUAUACUCCAUUUUUAUAUGCCUGUUCUGUCUGUUGAUUAAACUGGUACAACUUGUACACCUCAGUUUUUAAACAAGCUUUGAAACAAGUUUUGAACAUGUAUUUUGAAACAAGUUUCAGUGAAAAUCAGUUGUGUUGAUCUUGAGGUAAAUAUUAUGGCAAAGGAUCUUCAUGAAGUUUCAACAAAUAUUUUGUCAGCAACCCACCUAAGGCUGGCUGUAUUGAAGCCCUGUGAAUGGUUUGUAAUAUUUUAAGAUAGUAGGCAAUCUCAUGUUUGAAACUGGAUUGGCCUACAACAUAAACACGUACCAAACCAUCCACAAGAUAGGAAACAAGGAGCCAGCACAUAACACGAUUGUUCAACACCAACAAAGCAUCUUUAUGCCCACACAAUUAGAAGAACCAGUUAAAUUUUUUAUUUUUUAAAAAAUCUCCCAUUUGGAUUGUGAUGAAACAUGAGAAAAGUUAAGAGUUUUUGUUGUUUGCUUGUUUGCUUUAAUAAUGUGUUUUUAGAUCACAAAUGGCACAUGUAGAUAUGCUCACCUCACAAAGAUUCACAUGAUAGGUGUCAUCACUGGAUCACCCUUCAUUUCCUAUCCAGGUGCUGAGAGUAUAAAGAGAAUGGACAUUGGCUUUGCAAUGAAGGAAAUCAUACAGGACUUGAAUGUUUGAAAAACAUGAUGGCUUUUCACACUGUAUUAGAAGCAUGAGUUUCAGCAUUGCUGUGAAGAAUUUCACCUUGAUUAUGUGAGAGAAAAUAUUUUUAUUUUUUGUUUCGCUGCUUAGUUCUACUGGUCAACAUUUGGCCCAGCCAGUAGGAACACCUUUACCUGCUGAGGUUAAAGUGGCAUCCUAUAGAUGGCAAGUGAAGUUGAGGCAUCAUGUCCACAGUCACUCCACCCACCCCAGUGUAACUCCCCUACAGCAAAGAAACAGGUGGCUGAAAAAUGACUCCUAGAAUGCCAAAUAGGACUCUCACAGUGCCACCUACCCUUUGCUCCAGAAAGUCCUUUGCACAGGACCACUUCCCAGUAAAAGGCGAUGCCUGAACAACUAGUGAGCCAGCAAGCUAAAACAAACAAACACCAAGAGCCACCUAUCCACCAGGGAGACUGAUCAAUCUUGUGUUUGCUGCCUGCCAGACAAAAUCAGGUUGUCAAGCCCCUGGCAGGCCGCAACAUGUGGCUGGUUGGACCUUCUGUGGUCUUGGAAGGUCACCAUUCUCAGUGUCUCAGACACUCUGGUUUAUAUGCUUCUUUCAUGAACUGCUUCCUGUUUUCUAGAGCACCUGUUACCUUUGCUUUUGACAUAAAAAUAAAUGGGGGAGCCGCUGUCAUGCAAACUACCAGAGUGGGGAGAGCUUUCUAGGAAGAAGAAACCGAUCUCUAUUCAGUGGAGGGAAGGGGGACCUGUGACCCUCCAGAUAUUGUUGGACUACAAAUCCCUAUAUCCCUAACUGCUGCCUGUGAUGACUGGGAAUUGUAGGCCUGGCUACAUCUUGGCUGCCCCUUCUCUAUUCACUCUCUUGGCCACUCUGGAAAUAACCCCACACUUGCUAAGAAGCAAGUUCCCUACUCUCUCUAGUGACUUGAGACUACAUAUAUUCCUUGAAAUGUCCUAGCUUAGUUAUACGUCAUCUCUGUUGACUAAGCACUUCCCCCCCAGCACUUUUUCUUAGAAUUACAGUGAACUCUUUUUACGGACUGUAUUUGUCAUCAAUUGGUUAUAGCUGACAAAGUUCCCUUCCCUGCACUGAAUAUAAUUAGUAAGACGGAGCCAUAAGCCAACACUUAAGGUAUUUAUUGUUGAUCUCAUUAAGUGUCAUGUCUGCUUCCAUGUCUUCGUUCAAACCUUGUUGCUUCUGCAAUGCAUUUUUAUAGGUUCAUUUUAUAAAUCAAUUGUAUUAAGAGACAACUGGGGUACAAAAGGUCUCCAGACUAGCCUUAGUUUUCAGGUUUUACCAAACUGUUAGAAUGUUUUAGCCACAAACGAACAAACCUAUUCUACAGCAACAAUAAAAGAAUUUCAAAUGCA